AUGGAUAUUUCUCUGGCCCCGCUGACCCCAAAACUCUUAAUUGUAGCCUCAAUGAUGAAGUUUUAUGUUACUGGAGAAGGAGGCUUAGCUGAUCUAAACAUGGAUCCGCAAGGUAGAGGAAGCCUAGCCGAUCUAAGCAUGGAUCUACAAGGCAACAACAAGAUUUUCAGUAUGUCGAAAAGAACUUUGAUGAACUACUAUUCAAGUGCAAGUGGCAGUGGCAGUGGCUCAACUCCACAUACUAAUGAGAGCACAAGUCAACCAAAGAAACUGAGGGAAGAGUUUAGUCAUUCAAACCUAAUUGCUGACCCUACACAACGCAAACCAAUUGAUUCUUAUGAUCCAGCAAUUAGAGACCAAUUAAAGAGAGCAUAUGCUUUGAGUGGUCCAACCCAACCUCAUGAAUUUAAAUUUCCUUCUAAAUGGAUGGUUGAUCAAUGGAGAACGUUUCAAAAGUCUUGGUUUGAUGAAUUUGAUUGGCUAGAGUAUAGUUAUAUAAAUUGGAAGAAUGCUAAUGAUACUUUUCAGAAGCACAGUGCUUCCAAGAAUCAUACAGAGGCUAGACUAAAGUGUGAUGAUUUUAUGAACCAAAGGACUAGUGUGGGUCGAAGAAUAGUUGAGAUGAUAUCUCCAGAUAUACAAAAGGAUCUUGCAAAAGCUUGUGCAGAGGAAGUCACAGCUGUCAGUAUGGAUGAGAUUCGAGGUAGAAAAUUCUCAGUGCUUAUUGAUGAGUCCCGAGAUGUAUCAAUAAAAGAGCAAAUGGCAGUCAUUCUAAGGUUUGUGAAUAAUAAAGGGCAAGUGGUGGAGAGAUUUCUUGGACUUCAGCAUGUUCAGAGUUGUACAGCUAUUGCAUUGAAAGAAGCUUUGGUUGAUAUGCUUUCAAGUCACAAUUUGUCUAUCUCUAUGCUUCAUGGGCAAGGGUAUGAUGGAGCUUCUAAUAUGAGAGGUGAAUUUAAUGGGGUGCAGAAAUUGAUUUGUGAUGAAAAUCCUUAUGCUUUCUAUGUGCAUUGUUUUGCCCAUCAAUUACAAUUAGUGGUUGUUGCUGUUUCCACUUCUAGUGCAGACAUUGCAGAUUUCUUUAACUAUGUUCCUUUAAUAGUCAGCAAUGAUAUGAGGGAAAAUGGAUGGGAGCCAUUACUCAAAAGAGUGAUAACAUUCUAUGAGAAGAAUGAGAUUGAAGUGCCAGAUAUGGAUAAGGAAAUAAAUGUUAGAGGGACACCUAGAAGAAGGAAGCAAAAUGUAACAAAUAUGCAUUACUAUCAUGUUGAGCUUUUUCUGGUCGCCAUUGAUGCCCUCUUGACUGAGAUGAAUCAUCGGUUCAGUGAAACUAGUUCAGAAUUAUUAAUAUGCAUGGCUGCUUUUAACCCAAGGGACUCCUCUAAUUUUGAUGUGAAGAAACUUGUGAGGCUUGCUGAAAUUUAUGCCGAUGAUUUUGAUAUUGGUGAACUUGCUGUUUUGCCAAAUCAUCUUACACAAUUUGUCAACCGUGCUAGAAGAACUCUAGACUUUCUUGGAUGCACUGAGCUUGGAAAAGUUGCUGAAAUUAUGGUCAAGAUUAAAAUGCACACAUCUUAUAAAUUGGUUUAUCGUCUCAUUGAGCUAAUCUUGAUACUACCAAUGGCAACAGCUUCAGUUGAGAGGAUAUUUUCAGCCUUAACAUUAUAA